AUGCUGACAGCCAUGCGCUCUGCCAGGAGCAAACACCUGUUAGCUUUCCUUAUCGAUGAGAGGUUUCGUGAUCUUGACUCAUCGGCAAAAGAUUCUCGAAAGUUGGAAGCCCUCAUAGAAGAAACAUUCUUGCAGCAGAGCCAGCGACGAGAUCUCAUGUCGGAACAAGAACCGCAACUUGAAAGCUCCCAACCAGUGCGGGCCGUGCAAGCCAAGUUCCUCCAAAGCGCAACCCUCCCUGCUGGGGCUCUCAGAAAGAGCCCGACCGUGAGCGGAGCGUCCGACUUGAUCAGAGGAGAGACUGAAUCUGCAAAGGAUGAAGAGAUCAGACUGUUGAAAUCCAAGAUCGCUGCUCUUGAGAAGAACCAGACUGCUUGGAUUCAUUGCCUUCAGCAGUUCUUGUUCGCUACGAUUUUCGACAGCUCAAGGCAAGAGGAGCAGAGGCAGAGGUUGGAGGAGAAGCUUCGUCAGGCCAUCAAAAAGAACAAGGACGGAAAGGUCUCAAAGGCCAAAAUCCUUCGGCUCAAAUUUCCCAGCGACUGGAAGCUUGUACCCGAGCUAACUCUGACGGAAGUCAGAGGCGGAAGCAGCACUUGCUAUCUUAGUAGUGCUGACUUGCUUUCUCGUGAGGUCACUUGCGACGUUGAGUUGACGGGGAGGCGUCUGGGAAUGUCCUUUCAGUGCAACGUCUCGAUCAGUGUGGGGGUACAUGGAGAGCUGCAAGCUUCCUUCCUCAACGAUACUCAUUCCUGCCUCAUCGUUCGCUUCCUCCGCGACCCCAAGGUUGACGUAUACACCUCGGGCACACAAGUGAGCUGGGCAAAUGUCCCCAUGCCGAUCAGAGACGCGGUGGACGCAGAGAUAAGAAGACAUGUGGAGAACAUCUUGAGGAAGGCGUUGAACCCUCCUGCUACCCUGAGCUUCCAGCUGUCUCCCAGCGAAGAUUCUGCUGCCCCCCCACGUCAUGUCGAGACGAAUUCUCCUGCAGCUACAAGAGCAGGGAGUGAUUUGCGCAAGCAGAGACAAGACGAGGGUGCGUCAUGUGUGAUGCCUGCAAGUUCACCUGUAAGAGCAGCAGCAGGAGGCGAAGGCGGGAGGGGAGCGACUAGCACCAUCACGGAGGGCAGCAUCGGGUUGACUGUAGGGCGAGUAGACGAGGGGGCUCCUCUUCAAAUCCUGUCGGUGGCCAAGGGAAGCGCUGCGGCCAAGUCGAUGCUGAUCCAUAAAUUCGAUGAGCUCGUGGAGAUCGGCACACAGCAGGUGUCCGACGCUCGUCUUGAAGUCGUUGCAGAUCUCUUGAGAUGGCCAGCAGGGCUGGAUCGGAGCGCGAGAAUGAUCCAGCUCACCUUGAGGAGGCAAAGAGCUCUCGCCUAUGCCAACAUCGAACAGCUGCGACCGGACGAGGACAACCCGAGCGAAGAGUCCUCAGGAGGAGGGAGCGAUUGGCAAGAGAAGCCCUCGAGCGUGCGACGUCAGAGCAGCGGCAAGAGGGAGAGCAAGGCGAGCAAGAAGGAAGAAUCACAUCGGUUGCCUGCUAACGAGCUGAUCGAGUUUGAAUCCCUGGGGAUGACGGUGGAGAUUGGAGCUCUGGACGGUGUCACGAGGAUCCGAAAGUUUAAGUACGGAGGGCCGGCGGAGCAGAGCGAGCUCCUGCUGAUCGGCGACGAAGUCGUUAUGAUCGAUCGACAGAAAGUCCCGGGCAACAUCUCAGCGGCCGCCACACGGCUGAGGAGGAUGGCGGAGAUGAUCGCUGGGUCCAAGAGGCUGGUGGAGGUCACGGUGAGGCGAAAGGGGGCAUGGGGGGGGAGCGAGACAGUUGCGAAUGUGAAUCUCCUGAGCUGUCCGAACGAGUCUUCAUCAGAGGGAUCCGACUACGUGUUUGUCGACUCCGGCGAUUCGGCCGAUGAGGAUGCGAAGAGAAGGUCUGAAGAGAUUCGACGGAGAAACGUGGCCAGGCAGAGUCAGCAGCAACUUUACAGGCACCUGACGGGAAGGAAUUUCAUCAACGAGCUCUCAGGGAUGGUUACAGAAGCUAUAGAGAGCUUGUGA